CGUCCGAUAACCCCUGAUCCGGAAGCACCUUCCUUGACCCCCACUCAGUGUGAACUGCCACCGCCAUCAUGUCGGACAACGAGGACAAUUUUGAUGGAGAUGAUUUCGAUGAUGCCGAUGAAGAUGAAGGAAUGGAUGAUCUGGACAAUGCGGAGGAGGAAGACCGUGAGAAUGUGGAGAUUCUUCCCGCAGCAGAUGGCCAGCAGGCCAAUCAGAAAAGGAUCACAACGUCGUAUAUGACCAAGUAUGAGCGAGCCCGUGUGCUGGGCACACGUGCCCUUCAGAUUGCGAUGUGUGCACCAGUCAUGGUGGAGCUGGAAGGGGAGACAGACCCGCUGCAGAUUGCAAUGAAGGAGCUAAAAGCACGAAAAAUUCCAAUUAUUAUCCGAAGAUAUCUGCCAGAUGGAAGCUAUGAGGACUGGGGAGUGGAUGAAUUGAUUAUUGCAGAUUGACCCCCCAUUGCUGCUCAGGCACUUUCCACCUUUCUUGUGUUUAAAUGUUCUUUAUAUUUUUACUGUGAAUUUUUGUAAAAUAAACCUUCCUCUGAACUGUCAGGGCGUCUGAUUCUGCACCGUGUUUGAGAGACUCGCAGUUAAAGGUGUGGCUCCAAAUUCAAACGGGAACAGGUCGUUAAUCUGCCACUAGUGGGCAGACUCGGACAGACACAGGCACCGAGAAAGGAAAAAGAACAACGGAGUGCAUCGAAUACAUUGGCAUUAGGUACAGAGGGAGCACUCCCGGUACUGGGGACAAUGUAGAGGAAGCUUCAGUCUGUAUCUCAUGUGCUGUCUCUGUCCCUGGGAGUGUUUGAUGGGGGGACAGUGUAGAGAGAGCUUUACUCUGUAUCUAACCCCGUGCUGUCCCUGUCCUGGGAGUGUUUGAUGGAGACAGUGUAGAGGGAGCUUUACUCUGUAUCUAACCCCGUGCUGUCCCUGUCCUGGGAGUGUUUGAUGGAGACAGUGUAGAGGGAGCUUUACUCUGUAUCUAACCCCGUGCUGCCCCUGCCCUGAGAGUGUUUGUGCUGUCAAGGGGACACAGUCUUAUCUUUUGAUCUGAGUUUGACAGAAGAGGAGUAUUUUUUGAGACUGAAUCAGUUGCUUCAAAUUAAAAACUAUUAGAGAAUUGUUGCUUUUGCCGCCCUCAAGUGGACACAGCACUGAAUUGCUCUUAAAUCUGGUGGACAUUUUCUCUCUGAUCAGAGGUGAAGAGGGUGUCAGUAUCUGGGGUUGUGAUUGGCUGAGGGCUUUUUUUUAUUGGUCAACAUAUUGCUGAGGUGUAUUCACAGAUCUUUCAUUUGUUAGAAUCACUCCGUAUAAUUGAACUUCCUUCUUGAACGCAGCAGUUUGUGUGGUGAACGUGGCCCCUCUAAUGCUCCGAGAAUUGAAAUAAAAUUGUAUUUCCAUUGAACACUUUUCGAUGAUUGCUAUUGUAAUAUUGGAUGUAUGAUAAUAAAGUUGUGGAUAGCAGUGAGACAGUAA